AUGGGCCGCGUGGCAGAGUGCGAGCAGGAGGAGCCCCUGGCGCUGCCCGUGUCCAUCACCCUCAGCCGCGGGAGCUUCGAAGCCCACGUGCGCGGCCAUUCCUUCCAGUGUUGGGAGGAGCUGGUGCGUGCGCUGCCUGGGGGCAUGGCGCCCCAGGGCGCCAGCCUGACCUCCGUGAAGGUGGACCCGCUGCAGAUUUUCGCCAUGGUCGCGACGCUGCUGAUGCAGAUCGGCAUGUGGGGCAUGGUGGCGUACUUCACGUGGCAGAACCUCGUCGCGGGGAUCGUGCUGACCUCUGCCUACGGCGUCGCCCUCUGGCUCUGCAUCGACCGCCUCGCGCCGCAGAUGGCAGGUGUGCUGUGGCCCAACCUCCCGACCAUAGUGGGCGCCGUCGGCCUGCAGGUCUCGAUUGCCCAGGGUGGCUUCGAGCACUUCCCUCCCUCCCCGCUGAAGCUAUUCUGUUUCACCAUCGUCCCAGCAUCCGCGGCGGCGGUCUUCUUUAUGAGGAAGCUCCCAGAGGAUCCAUACCGCGCCGUCCUGGUGACGAACCUGUUCGUGGGGAUCUGGUCGGGCAACCUGGCCCUGGUGGCGUCACUUGGCCCCGGCGAAGCCUUCGUGUGGCGCUGGUCCGCGGGCAGCCUGUUGGCGUGCGGGGCCGCGGCCAUCGGCGCCGCCGUGGCGCUGUCCCGCUCCCCACGGAAGUGGAGCUCCGUGGAGCUCGUCACGUGGACCCUGUGCGUGGGGUGCUCGGCGGUGACGGUGGCCCUGCCGCACCUGCUCUUCCUUGGCCUGCCCGACGACUACGACCCGGUGUACGAUCUCUUCGGCUGGGUGGUCGUCUCCACCGUCAGCGCCCUGUUCGCCGUCUUAGGCCUCAGGCUCGGCCGCACGCUCCCGGUCCUCCUGAGCGCCUUGGGGCUCUUCGCCGUCUGCGUGCGACUCAGCACCGCGGCGGCCGCCCACGCGGGGGACAGCGCCACCGCGGGCUUCUGCACCUUCGGCGGCCUCGGGCUCCUCACUGUGGUGCUUGCCCAGCGCCUCCUGACCGGCAGCAACGUCCUCACCAGCGCCCAGGACAAGCUUCUGUGA